AUGGGAAGCACCCCCACCCUCUCCUUUUUUUUUUAUGAAGGGACCCCUCCCUUAUUUUUAGCGUCCGGGUUAAGUGUUUCCUUUUGUCUGGACGGAGUAGGAGGGAAGAGUCACGUUGUACUCAUACCCGGCGUGUUCUCCCCAGAUCCCGAUCUGCGCUGUCGAUUGUUCUCGCCGUCGCCGCCUCCGCCGCCGUCGCCUCCCAUGUCGAGGCCGCCGCCCCCUUUCACGCCGCAAAACCCUACCCCCGCCCCCAACCCUGGGGGUCCCGCCUCCACUCUCCCGGCUUCCUUCUCCAACCUCCAGAUCUCGCGCGCUCCACCGCCAUCUGCUUCCGCCGGGCCGCCGCCAGGGGAUGGCCCCGUGCCGUCGUCGAUCCGAGGUCCGCAGGCACCCCCUCCUGGCGCCCGCCCGUUCCCUGGCAGUCCGCCGCCGCCGUUGCAGCCGGGCUCGCUCUUCGCCCGGCCUGCGGCGCCGGUCCAGCAGUCCCCUCCCUUUGGCGGUCCACCCGCGGCGUCGCUCCAGCAGUCCCCUCCCUUUGGCGGCCCACCCGCUGCGCAGCCGUUGCAGCCGCAGCAGAGAUCUCCCUUCAACGGCCCGCCGUCCGUGCUGCCGCUGCAGGUGCAGCGAGCACCGUUCGGAGGUCCGCCUGGGGCACCCCAGGCUCGUCCGUUCGGUGGCCCACCUGCUGCGGUGUCGCAGCCUGCUCCUUUCGGUGGCUCUUCUGUAGCAACAGCUCAAUCAGCUCCGUAUUCAGCAGGUCCGCCACCACCGUUUGGCGGGCCGCCUGGGGCAGUGCCUCCUCCGGCGUACUCCGGAGGGAAGAUCCCCCCGUUUGGGGCUGCACCGGCGCCCUUGCAGCAGGGUCCUUAUGGUGGGCCUCCCCAGUUUGGGGGGCAGAGACCAGGAUUGCAGCCUCCGCCAUUUGGGGCUCAGACUGCUCCUGCAUCUCAGCCACCGCCGUUCAUGGGGGUUCCUGGGGCUAAUGCACCAUCAUUUGGGCCUCCAGGGUGGCAAGGGCAGGCACGGCCAGGAGCCGUGAGAAUGCCUGGUGGCAUGCCGCCUAAUGCACUAGGCCACGGGAUGCCGUCCACGCCCACCAUGCCAUACUCUCCCCAUGCUGGAGCCCAGGUCUCUACGCCAUCCAACAUUGACCCUAAUCAGAUUCCGCGUCCUAUCGCCGAGACAUCAGUCAUCAUUUUUGAGACCCGGCAAGGUGGCCAAGCAGCAGUUCCACCGGCUGCAUCAAGUGAAUUUAUUGUGAAGGACACCGGCAACUGCAGUCCCCGUUUGAUGCGGUGCACCUUGAAUCAGAUACCAUGUACAGGUGAUCUCUUGACAACAUCAGCAAUGCCAUUGGCUUUAAUGGUGCAACCUUUUGCUCUUCCUCAUCCUUCUGAGGAGGCUAUCCAGCUCGUGGAUUUUGGGGAGAUGGGCCCUGUCAGGUGUUCUCGCUGCAAAGCAUACAUAAAUCCUUUCAUGAGAUUUGUUGAUCAAGGGAAAAUUUUCAUCUGCAACUUAUGUGGAUUUAGCAAUGAUACUCCAAGGGAGUACUUGUGCAACUUAGGGCCUGAUGGUAGGCGACGUGAUGCUGAUGAUAGGCCUGAGUUAUGCAGAGGAACAGUUGAGUUCAUUGCCACCAAGGAAUUUCUGGUCCGGGAACCAAUGCCAGCUGUGUAUUUCUUCCUUGUUGAUGUCUCCAUGAAUGCCGUACAGACUGGUGUAACUGCUGCGUCUUGCAGUGCAAUAUCCCAGGUUCUUUCUGAUCUUCCUGAAGGUCCCCGAACGAUGGUUGGAAUUGCGACAUUUGAUUCAACUAUUCACUUCUAUAGUCUGAAAAAUGCUCGACAACAGCCUUUGAUGUUUAUCGUUCCCGACGUCCAAGAUGUGUAUACUCCACUUCAGAUGGACUUAAUUCUCCCAGUUUCCGAGUGCCGUGAUAGUUUGGAGCAACUUCUGGAGAGCAUCCCCAGCAUGUUUGAGAACAAUAGGGUUGCUGAUUCAGCAUUUGGGGCAGCUAUGAAGGCAGGUUUCUUAGCUAUGAAGCCCACUGGUGGAAAGUUGCUUGUGUUUCAGUCAGUGCUACCAUCAGUCGGGACUGGCUCAUUAUCUGCAAGGGAAACUGAUGCUAGAUCUAAUAUUUCGACUGGAGAUAAGGAAGCACAUAAGCUCCUGCAGCCUGUUGAUAAGACACUCAAGACAAUGGCACUAGAAUUUGCUGAGUAUCAAGUUUGUGUGGAUGUGUUCCUUGCCACACAGUCAUACACAGAUAUUGCUUCGAUAUCAGUUGUUCCCAGUACCACUGGUGGCAGGGUUUACUACUACUUCCCAUUUUCUGCUGUUUCUGAUCCAGCCAAACUCUUCAAUGAUCUCAGAUGGAAUAUCACUAAACCCCAGGGAUUUGAGGCUGUCAUGCGUGUCAGGUGCAGUCAGGGCCUUCAAGUUCAAGACUAUUCUGGCAACUUCUGCAAGCGUGUUCCUACUGAUAUUGAUUUGCCUGCGAUUGACUCCGACAAAACCAUAAUGGUUACCUUCAAGCAUGAUGAUAAGUUUCAGGAGAACACAGAAUGUGGUUUUCAGUGCGCACUUCUUUACACCACGGUAUAUGGGCAAAGAAGGAUAAGGGUCAUAAAUAUUUCACUUCCAUGCACAAGCACACUCAACAAUCUUUUCCGAUAUGCUGAUCAGGAAGCACAGUUUACUUAUGUUGUUAAGCAAGCUGCAAAUGGCAUUCCAUCAAGUUCUCUGUCCCAAGUUAGGGACCAGGUGAUAAGUACCUGCAUCAAUAUUCUCCAGUCCUACCGAAAACAUUGUGCAUCUGUAAGUUCUUCUGGACAGUUAAUUCUUCCGGAGGCUUUAAAACUUCUGCCUUUGUAUACUCUGGCCUUGAUUAAAAGCAUAGGACUGAGGAAUGAUGGGAGAGUAGACGAUCGGUCCUAUUGGGUCUCUGUUGUCUCCUCAGUUUCUGUGUUAUUAGCCAUUCCAUUGGUGUUUCCUAGGAUGAUUGCUCUCCAUGAUCUUACAUCAAGGGAUGAUGAGGAUUCCCUUAUUCCAAAUCCCCUUACUCUCAAUAGUGAGAAUAUACAGGAUGAUGGGAUUUAUUUAUUGGAAAAUGGCGAGGAUGGUUUUAUUUAUGUUGGAAAUGCGGUGAACCCUGCCACCCUGGAGCAAAUAUUUGGUUUCUCAUCUUUGGCUGGUGCACCAAACCUGUUGGCAUUGGAGCAAUUUGAUAAUGCAUUGUCCAGGAAAGUAAAUGAAGUUGUGAACGAAAUAAGGCGACAGAGAUGCUCUUACUUGAGACUGAGACUGUGCCGAAAGGGCGACCCAUCUGGAGAUUUCUUCCGUUCGCUGCUGGUCGAGGACAAAACACCUGGUGGCCUUUCCUAUGUGGAGUUCCUCGUGCAUGUUCACAGGCAAAUCCAGAGCAAGAUGACCUGA